AUGGAGCGCUGGACCGGGCGCGUCGCGCUGGUCACCGGCGCCUCCGUGGGCAUCGGCGCGGCCGUGGCGCGGGCGCUGGUGCAGCACGGCAUGAAGGUGGUGGGGUGCGCUCGCAGCGUCGACAAGAUCGAGAAACUGGCAGCUGAAUGCCAGAGUGCCGGCUAUCUGGGGACCCUCAUCCCGUACAAGUGCGAUCUCUCCAACGAAGAGGAGAUCCUGUCCAUGUUCUCUGCCAUCAAGACCCUUCAUCAAGGAGUUGAUGUCUGCAUCAACAACGCGGGGCUGGCUCGCCCAGAGCCCCUGCUCUCGGGGAAAACGGAGGGCUGGCGGACGAUGAUAGACGUCAACGUGAUGGCUGUGAGCAUCUGUACCCGAGAGGCCUACCAGUCCAUGAAAGAGAGAAACAUCGAUGAUGGGCAUAUUAUUAACAUUAACAGCAUGAACGGCCACAGCGUUGUGCCACAGUCGGUGGUGCAUUUCUACAGUGCCACCAAGUAUGCAGUUACAGCCCUCACGGAGGGGCUGAGGCAAGAACUCAGAGAAGCAAAGACUCAUAUACGAGCUACAUGUAUAUCUCCAGGGCUGGUGGAAACGGGAUUUGCUUUUAAACUUCAUGAUAAUGACCCUGAGAGAGCCGCUGCAACCUAUGAGAGCAUUCGGUGUCUCAAAGCUGAAGAUAUGGCUAACGCUGUCAUAUAUGUCCUCAGUGCCCCACCUCAUGUACAGAUUGGAGAUAUACAGAUGAGGCCCACGGAGCAGAUAUCAUAGCAAACGAAGAGGACUGUGAGCAGCACCAUGUAUCCACUCCACUUCGAACCCUCUGGCAAUUUAGGGUUUCGUCGGCUGGCUAGCAACGUUUUAAUCAAGUACCAAGGAUCACGUUUGAAGAAUUCUUUUUCUCUCCCUCUCUCUGAGCUGGUGCUGGUGCUGAGCCAGUUUAAAAAGAAAUAGUAGUGGGUCUCUUUCUCCCCCACUCCUUUCUGAAACUGCUUAAGAGUAAAAUGUAUUUGAAAAUAAUGCAGGGAAGUGGUUUGUGGAAGAUUGUUGUCUCCAGGCUGGUUUAUUCUUCCUUUUGCUUUCUUUUCAAGGUUUGUUUGAUCUUAUUUGCCGAUGCUGUGUCUGGACAUAGGUGAAGUGGCACAAGAUGUUUGCCAGCUUCAGUGUGCUUAGGGUUUGAGAUUUUCAGUGGAUGUCAUACAUGAAUCCAUCUAAUUUUUGGGUUUAUUUUCAUCAGAUUGAUUACUGAUGGUAAUGAUGCAUGUGAUAUUUUCUACUUCUUUUAUACUCCACUGCCCUAUACCCAGUGUACAAUCUCACCCACCUCCCCAAACCCUCCUUUCCCGUUCACAUGAAUCAUACCUGCCAAGUUUGAGGAAGUAUAAAUGUGUGUGCUUGCUAUUUCUCUUUCUUUCUAGGUAGGUAAAUAGUUGGAGGAGAAGUACCUGUACUUGUGCAGGUUAGAAUGAUUAUCUAAGUGGCAUAGUUACAGUAAGAGUGAGUUGUUUGGUAUUUUUAAUAAAAACUAAAUGUGUGCUGUCUUGUGAUCACCUCUAUCCUUGGUAUCAUCUCCCAGCACUCUUGAUGUUUUUGUAUGUGAUAUUUGCAUGCAUUGACACUUUUCUGGAAAUAUUGAUCGGUCUUAGAAAGAUGUAUGGUGCUGUUUAAAUGCUGGUGCUGAUGAGUUGGAAAUGUUGAAAGUUUGUUUAUAUGCAGAGAGAUAAACUCGGAGAGAGAGAGAGAGAGUGAAAUGAACCAUGCCGAAGCUGUCCAAAAUGAAAAGAUGUUAGUAGGGCCAUUUGCCUACGAAGCAGCAGGUAGAAGGUGCGGUUCAGAUCUCGUACUAGUUCUACGCUGGUGCAGCCCCAUUGUUUUGCUCUGGAUUUAUUCUAACUUGAGGGAGAAGAGAAUCGGCCUCAAAGCUGAUACAUGCAGAGCUGGAGACCACUUGAGUUGUCUUAAGACUCUUGCAGCGUGGCAGAAACGCAUCUGUGUGAAGUCCAACUUGCUGCAGAGCUAUGGAGCUGUUAAUGUGUAUGUUGCCUUAAGAUUGCAGACUCGCUCCUGCUGCGCUCUGGACUUUCUGUAGUGUUUCGGAAGGCGAACCGUUGCUGUGGGUGGAGCAGGUAUGGUCGGUUGAUCGGAGCGGAGGAUUGGGAGCCAGAGAAACUUGGGUUGGAUUGUUUUGCUUACACCAGUAUAGCUCUGUGGGAGUUCAUCUGUGUUACACCACCAUGAGGGAGACCAGAAUUGGGCCACUACGUCAUGAGUUUCAACUCCCUAUAAAGCCUUGGGCAAGUCACUUUACCUCUCUGCCUCAGUUUCCCCAUCUGUAAAAUGGGGAUAAUAAUACUUACCUACCUCACAGGGGUGUUGUGAGGACUCACAAACUUUUGUAAAGCACUUUGAAUAUGAGAAGCGCUAUGUAAGUGCUGAGUGUUGAUAUGAAGUAUUAUUAUUAAUUAAAUCUUGUGAUACAUAGAAUUCCUUGUGCCAAAGGUGAGCAACUGUAGAAGGAUACAAGGAGAAAACCGGUAAAACGUUCCUUCGUAAUGGCAAAACAAAGGCAAUUUGCCCCUUUUUUUCCUCUUUAUAAAUACAUGCUCAUGGUGUGUUCUGUCCAUUCCUCAUCUGUCACUGGCAAGUACAUGUAGCCUCAUCUCUGGAUUUGGCCUUUUAACUUACUGUGAGUGAAAUUCGUGCCCCGUGGUGCGGUCUCGCACCACUGGAACGCACUGCCCUCCUCCACCUUGCCGAGGCGGUGGCUUUGCGUGGGUUCUUUGCACAGAGCUGGGUUUCACCCGUGGCACUGGGUUAGAUCGUGUCCUGCAAGGAGCGGCCAGUCCAGGUCUGCACGCAGCCAGCGAUCCUCACCACAGCAGAGAGCCUGCGCCAGCUGGAAAAGCUCUUCAGUCUCCGUGCCACUGUGAUCCUCAAUUCAGAGCACUUGGCUAAAGAAGGUUCAAGCACUACUGUGCUUUUUUUAUAACGCCCCUGUGAUGUUCAGCUAGAGUUGAUGUAAAAACUCCUCAUGUUUUCCGUAGGGUUUCUUUUGCAGGAGCUUGUCGAAAUUCAGCAGAUGCGCUGUGCAGUGUGUGCCACCUUUUUAAGAGAAGAUGGUUGAACUAGGAAUUGGAGGCCAAAAAAAAAACCAAACCCGUUGAGAAAUGAGGAACUUUUGAGCAGAAAAAAAAUGAGCAGGGAUGUGGGUAGCACUGGUGAAACAUCUGAAUUGGUGGCCGCAACUGUGUACAAAGUUAAGCAGAUGUUGAAAUGCGUGGCUGAGGAGGGACCUAACUUAUCUUUCGGCUCUGUAAAAGGAGGCUUCGGAGAGAAUUGCUUAAGAUGUAGGGCCUUGAAAAAGGGCCAGUCUGGGUAGUUGCUCCCUGCAAAUACAACCUGGCUGACCUGCAGCCCUGGAAGUUUGGUUUUUUUUUCCCCCCAAGAACAUUUGUAACAUCUGCAAGUCUAUAAAAUAACUUUGAAAUGAUACCCAGUAUAUUUUUCCAUUUCAGAUGUGGUUUUAGGGGAUAAUUCCUGCUGCCUGUUAACUUCCCAUGUGAAGCGUGGGCCGCGGAGGGGUUAGAGCGGCCAAGCAAGCCACGCCAGCCUCGUGUAACAUGCUGGCAGCUCGAGCCACCUUCCUGGGAUGAGAUGGGAUCGGCAGCACGACUCUGAGGCGUUUGAAAACCCCAAACAGGAGGGUGAACUGUGUAAUUUAUCAGUAGGUUUCUAAUUGUGAACUGUAAAAUAAAGAAUAAAAAGAGAGGCA